AGAGCCAGGCCGCGCGAUGAAGUAGACGUAACUAAUUUAUUUUUCGAUGAGUACGACUUCUAGUUCUAUCUUAAGAAGUCAAGGUCCAGCCCUUUCUUUAGACAUAAAGAGAAAGAACGUUCUUUACCGUAUUUCUAACAGAGACUGAACACACGUACAGCAGUACGUAGUAUAAUCUUAAUCCCCGCCUAGUACCCUGUUUAAUCCCAAAAAACAAAUGUUUGACACCAUGAGACCUCCCACAGCAUCCCGAUCACCCACCACGACGAGCGAGAUCUUUUUGUACUAAGCAGGACGUCGCGUCGUGUGUUGAAAACACGAUUUUAUUCCCUGGUCAUUUUUGAGACCUGAAGACCGCGAGGAUCAGACACCGAUCUUCACUUCGCCCGUCAUGCCGUCGAUCAGCGUGGAUUCCAUGCGGAUCGACGAGAUCGAGCAGUCGCUGGAAAAGAACCCGACGCAAACGGCGCUGUGGCUGCGAUACGCGAAACACUGGGAGAACACCGACGAGGUCAACGCGCUUGCCGUGUAUAACGAUGCGGUCCGGCGUUGCCCGCACGUGGAACUGUGGCGGCAGUACAUCGAGUACUGCAAGCGGUGCGUCACGGUGAAAGGCGUCGUUGCAGUCAUGCACGCGGCGAUCGACGUGAUAUCCCACGACCACCGAUGCGGGGAUUUUUAUGCAAUGCAAAUUUCCUGUACAUGUACAAAAUGCAUCACAAAUUAUGUCACAACCAACUUGGAGGAUGCCAUUUGUCUUGCUGAAUAGGAUUCAGUGAAAGCUUUGUCAUGCAGAAACCGCAUUUGUACGUCGUGUACGGGAAAUGUGCUGUGGAUAAUUUGUUUCAGGAGUACAUCGCGCUGCUGAAAGCCGUGUGGAACUACCAGUACAAGUACUAUGCAUUGCAAAAGUAUCGUACUAGUAUAAAUCGCAUGACAAAUUUCCUCAGCAUGACAAAUGGAAUUUCUCAUGCUGGUUUGCCGCAAAACAAAGAUUUGUAAUGCAUAACAGCAAUGACUACGAGUGCGAUACUUUUGCAGUGCAUAAGUACCGAGACGAACUGAUUCUAGACGACUACGACCCUGCUUUGUUACUGGGCGACCCAGACGCGGAUGCGGCAAAACUGGCGGAAGAGGAAACGGAACUUGCGAACAAGUGCGGCGGGCACAUCCCGCUCACGCACGACGAGGACGAGUCCAUUAAGUGGAUCGCGAAAAAAGCUCCCUCCGACAGCUACAUAUCGGUCAAGACGAGGCUGUCCCUGGAGCACAUCCGAAGGCUAUCGAGACAGGUACAGCUACUUGGUAUAUUCUAAUGCUGGAUGUAGUUGGGUGUGGACGUUUUUUUAUUUCAGAUUCCCAUUCCAUGUUGGAAGUCGUGGAACUUGUUUUACAUGAACGGAGCAGUUGCUGUUGCAGUCUGCAGAACGUACCAUACGCUUAUGACCGUAGUGGAUGUUGAAGAUACUUCGCCAUCCUUUUUUUAGUUGCGAUACAGCACGACCGCGAUUCUUGCGACCUGUUCUGACUUGAGAGCAUUUUUGACAGGUUGUACUUGUCAUGCAAUUUUUAAUGUCACACGAUCUUGUUGCCAUAUUAAAAUGACUAUCAGGCCUGCACCAGUCCUUCUUCCUGCGUCGACAAGAUUGUGAAAGCUUACGAAACGUUCGAGGACAAGCUGAUCGGGCACAAACAUUCCCUCUCCAACACGAUGGACAGGGAGGGUGUCGUGAAGGAAUUUUACCACAAAAUCACCAACGCGAAAAACGUCUACCAGAAACUCGAAAAACUGUACCAAAACGUCGACACGCUGACCAUCCCCCAACCCGAAGUCUCCGUUUUGUCCAAAACCCCCUCGAAAUCGACGAACCAACUGCUCAAAUGGGCGGAACUACUGUCCAAUUGCGAGCAGAUCGUGCAAUUUGAGCGCGGGAACCCGUUGAAGCUCGAGGUCGCGGAUUACCAAACGCGAGUGAUUUUCCUGUACCAAAACAUGCUUCUAAUCACCUCCUGCUUUGCCGACUUCUGGUACAGCUUCUACCAGUUUCUCUACACCUUUUCUCCGGUGAAAGCCUUGCAGGUUUUGAAAAUCGCCUGCGAGAAACUCCCCAACGAUUUGUUCCUGCGGUUGAGUUACAUCACCAAUUUCGAGGAGCUGAUCUACAAGAAGCACUUCAACGCGACGUUGCUCGGCGAUGUGAUGAACAGCCAAGCAAGCACUUCCGGCUCUUAUCAAAUGCAAAUAUGUCUAGGUCAGGAAGAUUGCUGAGGUUUGUGAUGCUGUGUCUGCUUGACACAGAAGGUGUGCCAUGCAAGGCUUAGCAUCACAGGUUUUGAGACGGUUUUCCAAUGCCUAAUCCGCAUGACAAAUGCCUUCUUUCGGCGACAGGAAAAAGAGCUUCAUCUUUUGCUGUCCAAGCAUGACAGAUUUUUGUGUGGUCUAAGUAUGCAUCACAAGUUCGCAUCCUUACACAAGACCCAGACAUAUUUGCAAUCAAUAGCUCUCUCCAUGAAGCGAUCUUCGACAUUGAGAAUUCGCCGGAAUAUGCGACGCUGUUGAAAGAUAUGGAUUUGGUGCUGCAGAAAACGGCGAAGCAGAAAAAUAAUCCCGACGAUCCGGACAAAAUCGAGUUUGAUUUUGACGAGGAGGAUCCGGAAAUCGAGAUCCCCCACACCUCGAAGUUCCGCCAAGGGAGCAGCAAGGAGCAGAAAUACAAACUCGUUUUCACGUUGUACGAGAAACUUUUGCAAGAGCCGUUCUUCGAGGGGGAGCAGUACGCGCUGGUCAUCAUCCAUUUUUUGAAUUUCAUCCGUCGCCAAGCGGGUCCCGACCAGUGGCGGGAUUAUUUGUUGAAAAAAGUCUUCAUCAACAACCACCAAAAGUUGACCUGGGAAGUGUACGCCAGUCAGGCGUUGGUGGAAUACCACUGCUUCGGGGAGAGGGAUCGCUGUGCGCAGAUUUACAAAAUCGGUAUUAAACAACUUCUUCGUCUUGGUAUUGCUAUUGGAUCAUGACGGCUAGUUCUUCUGUUAUUGAUGCUGAUCAACAUGAGAUUUUGCUUUUAUUUUUGCAGACCUACACUAACGCUGGAAAUUGAUGCAGUUUCGGUUUCCAGCAAAUUAAAACCUCACGAAUUCUUCUAUACAGCCCUAGACCGCUUCCGCACGGUGGAGACUUUUGAGCCGUCUUUAGUUGCGUCCUUCGUCAACUUUCUGAUUUCGGUCAACGAUUUAGCCGCCGCCCGGGACGAACUUACCCUGGCCAUGCAGAAGUGCUACAAACUCCUCCGCGAGAUUCAGCACAAAUCCGACAACCGAAACCAGAAGGACAAGCGGGUCCAAACCGAGAAGCAGAAACUGGGGCAGGGCUUUAAGUUUCUCUUUGAGAAAUUGAUCCGAUUACAGCAGUAUCAAAUGCAAAUAUGUCUGAGUCAGGAAGAUGUCAUGCUGUUUUUGCAUGACGCAGAAGGUCUGGCAUGGAAGCCGUAGCAUCACAGGUUUCGAGAAGGUUUCGCAAUGCCUAAUCCGCAUGACAAAUCCCGCACUUCGGUGACAGGAAGUGGACAUCUUUUGCUGCCUAUGCAUGAGAGAUUUGCGUGUGUUGUGAAAUGCGCAUCACAAGUUCACAUCCUUCCAGACCCUGACAUAUUUGCAGUGCAUAAGCAGUCCUACGGCGACGACCAAGAUUCCUUUACGAAGAUUCUGUAUGCACUGCAAAAGUAACGCACUAGUAUGAAUCGCAUCACAGAUUUGCUCAGCAUGUGCAUGAUAUAAAUUGAGUUUGUAAUGCUGAUUAGCGUAGUAGAGAUGUAGAUCUGUCAUGCAUGAAUGCGAUUCGUACGAGUGCGAUGCUGUUGCAGUGCAUAGUCUGCAGCAAAAAAACCAGUUUCUCCUCGAGUCGGUCCCCGACGUGGCGCUGGUGCAAGCGGAGAGCUUAGUCGGCGACCAUAUUCUGUCUGACGCGCACGAGGACGCGGCGAUCAACGCGUUUUUGAACGACACCCUGACGACCAUGCUGCACGUCAGCGGCGAUCCGACCGACCCGGCAGCUGGUAGGAUUUUUUAUAAGUACUUGUCUUCUGGAUGUGGUCGUUCUUGUUCUUCGCUCUGCCGUGUGUAGAAGUCUCGAAAGAGAGGAAGUAGUUCCUCUGUCUCUAUGUGACAUUGACAUUCUGCAGCUCCAGGAUAUAAAUUUCUAACGUCGAAAAAACAUCACUAUCAGCCUUCGAGGACGAAUUCCAGCAAUUUCAGCAGCAACAGCAGCAGCAACAACAGGGUGGAAAGAAGGGACGGGGGAAGCGGCAAAAGGGAAAGACGUUGUCCCACUACGACAUGCGGGACGCGUUUCACAGCGACAAAAUCAUCCACACCUACCACCUCGACCAGGACUACAACCGACCCAACUUCUUGCGCGCGAACCUGCUCAGCUCCAUACUGCAGCCGGGUGCGAACAGUUUCUUCUCCUGCAGCUCCGUGCUCCCCUUCGCCGAGGCGCAAAGCAGGUAUGUUGUGAUAUACAAUGAAUCACGACUUCCUCUACUGACAAUUAUGAAGACACUAUGUUUAUGCAGCUACGUCGGAGAGCGGCGGCGCCGCCGUGUGAAGAUGGUGCGUGUCAAUGUUUAUAACAACUCAAGAAAAUCAAAUUUUCCUUUAUCCGCCAUAGGUUCAAGUUCCAACACCUGACCCCCAACACCAACAAACUGAACCCAGUCGCGUCGAAGAAUUUUGACAAGUACAAGAAAGCCACCGACGCCCAGGAGGAGAAAGAAAAGGAGAAGGAAAAGCAGGAGCAGCGGAAUAACCGAGGCAGAAACAGGAACAACAAACACAACGACCGCAAUAAUAAUAACCAGGGUGCUGGCGGCGGCGGGCUCCUCACGGUCGGCCAGGUUCGGAGCAAAUCCGGCUCUUUCGCCGAGGACGCAGAAAAUUCGAAGGAGGUUGUUUCGAGCAAGGCCGCCGCGAAGACAACUGCAGCUGGGAAUAAAACCACAGGAAAUAAUCUGCUAAACAAGGAGGGCUCAGCUGCAUCCGGCGCGGAAGGUGAACAGGAUCAGGAUCAGAUUGCGCUGAUGGUGAAGCAACGCAUGUUGGCACAGUUUGAGGACAGCGAUGACGACUUGAUGCAGGGAAUCAACUUUCGGGACGAGGAAGUAGACGUAAACACCGCCACGAAGAAAAAGCCCGCUGCGGCCCCGAAAAACCGCGUAACCCGACCGGACACGGCGCGGAUGCACGCGUUUAACCCCAUGAACGCGGUGCAGAUUGCUUCGGCGGGACAGAACCUGGGCCAAGUGUCGAACAUUUUGCCGAAGGUCUUGCUGGACCUCCAGCAAAUGCUACCGAAGCACAAGGUUUGUCAUUCUCUACUUGCUUUUUAGUUUUUUAUUCAUUCUGCGUUUGCGUAUACGCUUUUGCUUAUGCUAGAAGAUGCCUCUUGGUCUUGAAGGUGGUAGAUUUAUUGGAGAGUGAGUAGAUGAAGUACAAGACACAGUCGCAGAUUGACUAUAUACUUUUUUUUGUUCCUGCUCGACAAAAACCCGCUUUUUUUCCUAUCGCGACCCACAUACUAUCAAAAAGAAAUGUCCUCCACACCUAACCUCACAGCAGGUGCUGAAGGGAUCAGCCCCGGACGUGGACUACAUCAUGAGCGUACUGCAGACGGUUGAGGUUCCCGAGCUUCCCCUCGACCAGUUCUGCAAGGCGCAACCGGACCCGGGCAGCGGGUUGGGCGGCCGAAGCAAGGACGCCGGGUUUAUGGGCGGCCUCGGCGGCGGCUUGUUCGGCGGCGCGGGCGCGCGGGUCACGUCCCUGGACGAAAACACCGGGAUGAUGCACGCCGUCGGUGGCUCCGUACACAACUUUUUGAUCGAAGGCGCGGUGGAUGAAAGCAGGUUGGAUUUGAUCUUGAUUUCGCAGCUGUUUUAUAUUUUCUUCUACUGGAUAUAGAUGCUCAUGGUGUAGUCUGUAGUCGCAGCUGCAUGCAGCUCCAUGACAUGUUGACACAUGUGUGGCGCUUGUGCUUUCACGAAGAUUUCUGCAUGGUGUAAAACAAUAGACCCGGCGGCGUGGUCCCAAUCGCUCAUGUAUUGAUAUGGUCAACAUAUGAACACCAGGUACCGAAUACGCGGGGCCGGCACGGGGCAAUCCGCUGCGCUGCGCGAGCCCCGUCGGGUGAAAAAGGCUCCCGGCGGUGCGAAAAAGGAGGAACCCGGGGAAAGUGACCACGAAGCAAACGCGGAAAUGUCGGCCAUGCGGGAGAGGCUGAAUGUGAAAAGACGCAAGGUUCAAGAUAUCGUCAAGGCGGAGAUCGGGGCUUGAGUGCUGGGAGAUGAAUGGCCGCGAUGCAUUCAUUUUUGAAUGGCCUGGAAUGAAAUAAAGUGGACUUCUCGUUUUCCAAUCUUGAGUAUUAAGCCCGAUCGAGAUCCAAAUAAGAGCAAAUAAUUUUUGGCAAUUUCAAUUUAGAAAAUAAAGAAAACGAUAAGCGACGAAAAUCUAAGUAGCGACUUUCAAAUCUGAUUUCUGAGCCCAUGGAAAGUCAGACAGUAUAGAUGGGUGGUACAUCAUGGACGUCACCAUCAUCAUACGAAUAGAUACGAAAGUAUACACAUCCGAUAUGGAGGAGAAUACCAUCGGACGCCUAAUUUUUACCCAUGGGAAGCCAGAAUGCGCCGAUGCUGGUAGCAAAUUUCAUUUCGUCUCACGUAGCUACUUGCGGUGUUCUUGUGUUUUCCGGACGACAAACUUCUUUUAAGAUUGUG